AUGGCAGCGGGGAUUGAAUCUAAGAAAAAUGGAGCGCCAACCGCAGCUGUGGACGACAAACGCGCCAGAGAACUGUACAAGUACUUUCAACCAAGGACCUUCGGUGCCGCAACCCAGUCUUCCUCACCGGAUACGGUCCUUACGGCUCAUGCGCAACUCGUCGCUCUACGGCUCAAUGUUCAGAGAGCCCUAAUCAGCUUGUGCGAUCGAGAAAUGCAAUAUUUUGCCGCCGAGGCCUCCAAGACCCUCUCCCUAGAUGAUACUACAAAGUCGGAUGAACCACUAGACGCAAUAUGGGCAGGAUGUAUAUGCGUACCCAAAGCCGGCCGACUCUGCGAGUAUACUAUCCAGAUGACGCCCGAGCCUGACGGAGGACCCGCCUACUUCGAGGUGCUAGAUUGUACUAAGGAUGAGCGUUUCAACAAGCUGCCCUUCGUCUGCGGUGGACCGCGCUUCAAAUACUAUGUUGGAGUACCAAUACGUACCAGAAGAGGAGUUAAUAUUGGAUCCCUUUUUGCUAUUGAUGACAAAGCUGGGGAGCCGCUCAGCGAAAGCAAAUUGAACUUUCUGAGUACGAUGGCUGAUAACAUUAUGACUCAUCUGGAGACUAUGCGAGAACGCGAGGACAGAAAGCGCAGCCAUCACAUGAACAUGUGUCUGGCUGCGUUCGUGGAUCCGGAACACCAGAUACGGAAACGCUCUCGUCGCUCAACAGCUGGCUCAGAGUCCCAAAAACAGCCCCUUCAAGCAGCUUCGAGUGUUGCGAACGCAGGAUCUGGCAGCCCCGCCACGAGCAAGCUCGGCACGAACGGCGCAACCGGUGCGACAGGAUCUGCCAGGAAUGAGGCCGAAGAAUCGUCGGUGCAUGACUCUGAGGCAGAAGAUAGCGGUAUUGCAAGGAUCGACGACCAUGCGCAUUUAGACACUUUCAAGCGAGCUGCUGAUCUGCUGCGAGACUCCCUGUUCCUCGAUGCCGGAGGCGGUGUAGUUUUUAUGGACUCGACCGCCCUCCCCUAUCUAGACCCGCGAGACCAAACCGGCGCAUCCUUUCACACAAGCGACGAAGAAAACGACAAAAGUAUCUUUCAGCGCAGAGGCUCUCUGGAUAGCAUCCGGAUGAAGUCUACCAGCACUUCGGGAAACCUCCGAAAACGAGCGCCGCAAGCAGGAUCUCGGGCACGACCGUCAGCAGAUAUCCUUGCGCAGUCAAUAGCGACGUCUACUUCUGACGGCCUCCAAGGCGACGAUGCUGCAGAGUUUGCUCCUCUAGCUGCUGCAGACGUCGCGAAGCUUAUCAGGCGUUACCCGCGGGGAAAGCUCUUCGCCUUAGAGGUGGACGAGGUGACCUCGCCAUCGUCAGGAGAAGACUAUGCUUACGAAUUUGAUGUAUCCAAGCCCAAGAGAAAGUCACCUUCUCAAACGGAAGUGCAGCUUUUGCUUAAGCACUUUCCCGGUGCUCGUCAAAUUAUAUUUCUACCUCUGUGGGACUCCGCAUCUCUUCGCUGGUCAGCGUUCUUCGCCUACAACACUUCUGAUUUCCGUACGAUUACCCACAACCCGGAUUUCCUUCACUGCAUCGCAUUCUGCAACUGCGUCAUGACCGAGAUUGCCCGCAUCGCCACACUUGCAGCCGACCAACAGAAGAGUGAUUUUAUCGGCUCCAUCUCUCAUGAACUACGGUCACCACUACAUGGUAUUCUUGCCUCUUGCGAGUUCCUUGCUGAUACGGAGUGCAACUCGUUUCAGAGGUCUUUGGUCGACACGGCGGACAGUUGUGCCAGGACGUUGUUGGACACAAUCAACAUGGUACUGGACUACAGCAAGAUCAACGCGUUCGAACGCAAUGAGCGAAAAGCUAGAAAGUCACGGCGAGAGCUGGCCGCUAUGUCAGCAGGGACAAACUCAUCCAUGCAACCGCUCCUGAACAUCUACGGCAACGUCGACUUGGCUACCAUCACGGAGGAAGUUGUCGAAGGCAUUGCAACUGGCCAAGUUUUCAAAGACUUUACAAGCGCAGACGUAGCAGAUCUGGCUCCAAGCACAGCAGGUCACGGAAGGCCGACAAGAUCGAACGUGGAAAUAAUCCUAGAUAUCUCGCCGGGUGCUUGGACGUUUGUCACGCAGCCUGGAGCCUUCCGGAGGAUCGUUAUGAACCUUUUUGGGAACGCUCUGAAAUACACUAAAGCUGGAUUCAUCAUUGUGAAACUAGAGGCAGAAGAACUCGACACCCAGCAGACUACGGGCAAACAACAACGCGAUGGUGUCACGACUCAGGUCAGGCUGACCAUCACCGAUUCUGGGCAAGGCAUCUCGCCCCAGUACAUGAGGACGAAUUUGUUCACGCCGUUCUCUCAAGAGUCUUCAAUCAACCCCGGUACCGGUCUUGGACUGUCUCUGGUUCGAUCGAUCGUCACCAUGUUGAAUGGCGAGAUCAACAUCCAGUCCGCACUUGGAGUAGGUACAGAGGUGGUGGUGACACUUCCCAUGGCGAAGAGCACCCCAACCUCAAGCAGUGCUGGCUCGGCAUCGACACCGUCGUCUGCCGGCAGCACCAUUGAAAGGGCAAGGGAUGACAGCGUUUCGCUCGUGAAAGAGAACGCGCACGGUCGAACAGUCACUAUCUUCUCUCAACAGCAUUCAGACGAUAAUCCUGCACAACUGGAAGCCGCAAAAUCGCUCCAGAAGUGCCUAAAAACUUAUCUAUCGGGCUGGCUGGACUUCUCGGUAGUGGAAGAGGGAUCGCCAUCGUCGCUUGCUGACGUAGUGGUCGUUGACGAGGCCGACGUCCCGGCAUUGCUGUCAGCCAAGCCAAGCGCCUUGGAUGCUAAUAGUGGUCUUUCGGUUCUUGUACUCAGCACGAAUGCAUCAAGACAUAUCACCAAGACCAGCGCUGGAGCUGUUAACGUCGACUACGUGAGCAAACCCGUUGGGCCGAUCAAGCUCGCUCGAGCUUUGCGCCGUCUUAAUGAGAAACGAGAGAACCAAGACAGUCAAGCCAGCAGCGGAGCUCAGAAGCCAGAGACCGUUGCCGAGGAAGCCAUUACACAAAGCCGUGCAGCAAAUAUGCCUGCGGAUCCUUUGGUCGAUGAAGUCGUUCAGGCCGUGCAGAAGGUCACUUUGAAAGCCUCUGAUGGGGCGUCAUCUGACAUACCGAUCAUCCAGCAAGGUUCAGUCAUUGCCAGCGAAGAGAGCAGCAACGCUCAGAUGGCAAUAGAGCCACCUAUUGUUUCAGAGCAUAGUGACAGUACGGAGCAGAAAGAAGAGUUUCCCUUCCCUAUCAAGGAACAGCUCGGCGCCGAAGGAAUCAUUUCUCCGGUCAUUAAGCCUGCUGAUCUUGAGGUACCAGGUCACCGCCCGCCACUCAACUUCCGGCGAACGCUAUCCCCAACCGCAUCCGAGAUCAGGACUCACGAACCUUCACAUGCGGCGCCGAUGACUCUCGCAGGUGCCGACAUUGCCACUGGCGCACUUCCAGCUCCCGCGACCGCGACACCUCAAGCACCUUCGCAUCGAUCCCCGCGCUUGUUACUGGUUGACGACAACAAGGUCAACCUCAAACUUCUUCACACAUUCAUGAAAAAGCGACGCUACUCGGACAUCUACACCGCCGAAGACGGCCUCCAAGCAGUCGAUGUCUUCCGAACUCUCAUCGCCUCCGAUCCUCCUGCGCCGCCACACGUCUGCUUCAUGGACGUAUCGAUGCCCUUGAUGAAUGGGUUUGAGGCGACCAGGGAGAUCAGGGAAAUCGAGGCGCAAUACCGCGCUGCGCUGCCAGCCAUGCAGACACCAGCGCCAUGUCUAAUCGUCGCUCUUACCGGGCUAGCGAGCAGCAGAGAUCAGAGCGAGGCAUUCACUAGCGGAAUGGAUCUGUACAUGACGAAGCCAGUGAGCUUCCGCGAAGUCGGGAGGUUGCUGGAUAACUGGGAGGCAAACGGAGGAGCCGCGGCGCCGGGUGUGCCUCAUGGCGCUGUAACGGGUCAGGGCAUCAGGGACACACCGGCGUAG